UUAAAAUCAAUUUAAAAAGUAAACAGUAAAUAUUACCUUCCCAACAGAGCUUCACAUCCAAAACGAAUAUUAGAAGCUCAAGAACGCAAGCUUUUUUCUCUGCUCCACAAAUUUUCGAUGUUCUUCAAAGAUCACAUUUUAUCUCAUCCCAGAUAAGUUUUUCUAGCUCCAUUCAUUUCCUUUGAUGUUUCUCAAAUUUCCCAUUAACUCAUUUAGAUUAAUAUCGAUUUUCAAGAGAGAUUUUGACUGGUAGUUGCGUACGAAUCAUCACCGCUCCCAUUAGAUUUUUAUUUUUUUUUCCCUUUUCUUUUCAUAUUUCAAUCUCACAAGCAACAAUAGUGCAGUUUUUGAUAGAAAAAAGCAAGUUGGGAUUUUUAGUUUUGGUUUACGACUUUACGUACAAGUUUGGUCUAAGCUAUUAGAAUCUUAACUUUCACACAGUGAGGGUGUUCUGCGUGAAAUAAUCUUGUGGGUUUGAAGAUAUAUAAUUCAAGGAAAGGGGAUCGUUUUGGUUUGUUGUGAGUUUAUGUGUGAAAAUUUCUUGUGGGUUUGGAGAUACGUAAUUUCUAUCUUGAAAAAGCCAAAGGAUUUCAAGAAACAAGCUUUUUCAGUUCUUGAAGUUUCUUACACACAGUGAAGGUGUUUCUGUGUGAGAUUUCAUUGUGAAUUUGGAGAUACAAUAAUCCAAGGUAGAUGGGUCUUUUGGGUUUGUUACUAGUCGAUUAAUUGAUGUUUAGGAUUUGAAUUAAGAUCUAUAACAUUACUUUGUCUUGAUUCUUGAAAAACCCUACGAUUUUCAAGAAACUUCAUCUUUUUGGUUGUUUAUGUCUUGAGCUAGUUUUGUCAUUAGUUCAACAAUGGGUAAAAAGUCAGGAAAAAAUAAAUACGAUAAUGACACCAUCAUUUUCAUUUCCAUGGCACAAGAACACAAAGAAGAGGGAAACAAAUUAUUUCAAAAGAAAGAUUACGAAGGUGCCAUAUCAAUUUACCAAAAAGCCCUCAAAUUGCUUCCCAAAAACCACAUAACAGUCUCUUAUCUCCAAACCAACAUUGCAUCAUGUUACAUGCAAAUGGGUAUUACCGAAUUCCCGAAGGCUAUUCAUGAGUGUAAUUUAGCCCUUGAAGUUACACCGAAAUAUAGUAAAGCACUUUUGAAACGAGCUAGGUGUUAUGAGGCUUUAGAUAGACUCGAUUUGGCUUUAAAAGAUGUUAAUCUUGUAUUAAAUAUGGAACCAAAGAACAUCAUGGCAAUUGAGAUUGCCCAUAGAGUGAAAUCACUUAUAGAGCCAAAAAAUCUCAUUGUCAAUGAAGAAGAAAAAAGUGAAAAACUUGAGCAUAUGGAUGAAAAAGUGGACAAGAUUGAAGUGAAAGAAACUAAAGAUAAGUUGGUUGUUGUGGAUGAAAAAGAUUCAAAAAAUCUCAUGGUGAGUGAAGAAAAAAGUGAAAAACUUGAGCAUAUGGAUGAAAAAGAAGUGAGUGAAGAAAAAAGUGAAAAACUUGAGCAUAUGGAUGAAAAAGAAGUGAGUGAAGAAAAAAGUGAAAAGCUUGAGCAAAUGGAUGAAAAAGAAGACAAGAUUGAGGAGAAAGAAACCGAAGAUAAGUUGGUUGUGGAUGAAAAAAUAAGGAAAUUUAGCAAAGAAAAUAACAAGCCAAAAAGGAGUAUAAAAUUGGUCUAUGGGGACGAUAUAAGAUGGGCAAAAAUUCCAAUUAAUUGCGAUGUUUUGGAAUUAAGAGAAAUUAUAUUCGAACGAUUUCCACUUUCACGAGCUGUUUUAAUAAAAUAUCAAGAUCAAGAGGGCGAUAUGGUCACAAUUACCACAAACGAAGAAUUAAGAUGGGCGGAAUCACUUUCGGAUCAAACUUCGGUCAAACUUCACAUCAUAGAAGUCAACCCGGAGCAAGAUCCAUUUUUCGACCAUUUUAGAAGGCAAGAAAAGAAGAAAAAGCUUUUAAAUUCAAAAUCUUGUAUCGAUGAUUGGAUUCUAGAAUUUUCAGAGGUUUUCAAGAACUAUGUCGGGUUUAAUUCGGAUUCUUAUUUGGAUCUUCAUGAAAUUGGUAUGAAGUUGUACAUGGAAGCUAUGGAGGAUGCGUUAACAAGUGAAGAAUCUCAAGAACUUUUUAAUAAAGCAGCCGAUAAGUUUCAAGAAAUGGCAGCUUUGGCUUUGUUUAAUUGUGGAAAUGUGUAUAUGUCAAAAGCGAGAAAAAGGGUUUUUGAAGAAUCAAAAAAAGAUUUAUACGAAUGGGCACAAAAUGAGUAUUCAAAAGCUGGUGAGAUGUAUGAAAAGGCAAUCAAAGUGAAGCCUGAUUUUUAUGAAGGUUUUUUGGCUUUAGGACAUGAGGAAUUUGAGAAGGCGAAAAUACGUUGGUAUUAUGAGAUUGAGAAAAAUGAUGAUAUUCAAAAGUGGGAUUCGAAUGAGGUUACUGAACUUUAUAAUAAAGCGGAAGGAAAUAUGGAAAAGGGAAUGGGAAUGUGGGAGGAAGGUGAUAAAAAAGAAGGUGGAAAUAUGAGGUCUUUGAUAAAUGUUUUGUGGGGUACUAUGCUUUAUGAAAGAUCAAGUAUGGAGUAUAAAUUAGGGCUUGAUUUUUGGCAUGAAUGUUUGGAGAUUGCUGUUGAAAAAUUUGAAGUUGCGGGUGUUUCUCAUACGGAUAUCGCUGUUAUGAUAAAGAAUCAUUGUUCUAAUGUUGAUGCACCACAAGGUUUAGGUUUUGAUAUUGAUGAGAUAGUACAAGCAUGGCAUGAAAUAUCCGGUUAUUACACGCAAAAGGAAAACGGGUGCUUCUUGUUCCACGUCCAACUACUUGGGUACUAUUGUGUUGCAGGUGAGUUGUAAUUAUCACGAUAAAAGAUAGUAGAUAACACGGAGGGUAGUUACGUAAACUGGUGAAAAAUACUUUCAUUUUUUCGUGUAUUUGUUUUGAAGGUCAUAUAGAGUUAUUUUUGUUGUUUUGGCUUGCAAGUUUUAUUCAUUUGGUGUGUACUCUUAAUUAUGUAACCAAUGUUGAUUUGGUAGAAAGCGAUUUUGGAUUUUCUACACAAUGCCUUAACUUGUACUUUCUUUGUUACUAUUUCC